AUGAUAGCGCCCUCUUCACAUGUACUGCUGGCCGAGGUGCCGAACGAGCCUGGCCUGUUGCUCGCCGUCAAGGUUCUCCGCAAAGACGUGGUACUCGAGGACGACGACGUCGAGUGUGUGCGUGUGGAACGGGCAGUACUGGCUCUUGGAACGCUGCAUCCCUUUCUAACCCAGCUGCACUCGUCCACUCAGUCGCCUGGUCACCUUUUCAUCGCCAUGUCAUUUCAUUCGGGUGGCGACCUGAUGUUUCACAUACAGAUGAGCUCUAACGGCAAAUUUUCCCUCCAGAGGGCCACUUUCUAUGCAGCCGAGCUAGUCUCGAGCCUACAGUUUCUCCAUGGACACAGGGUGAUGUACAGACAUGUGCCGGGGUUCAUUGCUCUGGUUGGUGAGCCUUCAAUUGCAUCCUGUCACAGAGCUGUAGCUUUCAUCGUGUUAAGCCACAAUUCUCUUAGUUACAAUUACCCACGGUAA